GCAGAUCACAAUUCACUCCCCCUUCCCCAAGAAGCCUCUCUCGGCCCUCGUCAACCUCGAACGACUCCAGAUGGACAACUGCCGCUUCCGCUCUCUGGACCCCGACCCCCUCCUCUCCUUCGGCCGCCUCCGCCACCUCGACCUGACCCACAACGACCUGACCGCCCUCCCCCCCAAGGCCUCCUCCACCCUAUCGUCCACCGCCACCUCGAAGAAGCUCGGCUGGGAUUCAACCGCAUCGCCGAACUCGACUCGGACGCCUUCGUCGGCCUGCCCCGGCUGGAGGCUCUCGACCUGUCCGGGAAUCGACUCGGUCGGCUCCGACGAGGAACGUUCCGGGACCUGCCGUCCUUGCGGACUCUGAAUCUCUGUUGCAACCGGAUCGAGUCGGUCCCAGACGACGCCUUCCACCAUCUCCCUUCCCUGGCUUACCUCGAUCUCAGCCGGAACCGGAUCGGGGAAUUUUCGAUGGAAGCCGUCGUCAACAACGACAUCGGCCGGUUUUCUGCUGGAAAAGGCGAGUCGAGCCUGCUGCUUUUGGACCUCAGAGAUAAUCGGUUGCAGGAAUUGUCCUGGCUGGAGGGCCUGACGGAUCUGGAGCGCCUGUUGCUGUCCGACAACGAGUUGAGCCGGAUCGAUUCGCGACGGUUCGCGAAUCUGCAGAGCCUGCUGACGCUGCAGUUGGACGGGAACUCCAUCGCGACGGUGGAACCGGAUGCGUUUAAGGGACUGCUGAGGCUGCAGGUGCUGGAUCUGUCGAGGAACGCGGUGGAGACGCUGCCCGCGGCGGCGUUCGCGUCGCUGGUGAGUCUGAGGGUGCUGAGGCUCGCGGGGAACCGGCUGAGGUCCCUGGCGCCGGAUGCGUUCCAGAACACGCUGCUGGAGAGGCUGGAUCUGUCCCGGAACGAUUUCAGUUUCGUGCCGUCGCUGGCGCUGGGGGCGGUGGGGGCGUCGCUCAGGCGGCUGGAUCUGUCGCGGAACGCGGUGGAGCACGUGGACGCGGCGAGUUUGGCGGCGUGUCCGGUGCUGACGCAUCUGGACGUGUCGCAUAAUAAGAUCCUGGUCGUGCCGCCGGACAGCUUCGCCAUGGUGCCGAACCUGGUCGUGGUCAACCUGAGCCAUAACUUGCUGGAGGAGGUGGACGAGAAUUUGUUCCAGGAGACGAGGAACCUGAUGGUGCUGAAUCUGGCGGAAACGAAGCUGAAGCGAAUCCCGGCGUUCGGCCCGUCGGUGCCGCUGAGAGUGCUCGACGUUUCGCGGAACGCGAUCGCGGAGCUGAGGAGCGAGUCGGUGCUGCCGGAUCUGGUCGAACUGGUCGCGUCGCGGAAUCCGGUCCAGAAGCUCCAGUCCUGGUCCUGGGCGCCGCAGCUGCAGACGCUGGACGUGUCCGACUGCCCCGUGUCGUCCCUGACCCGCGACAGCUUCAGGGGGCUGGGCCGACUGAGACGACUCAAGCUGUUGGGGAUGGAGUCGCUGCGGCGGCUGGACGCGGACGCAUUGGAGGCUUUAAAGGGACUGGAAGAGUUGGAGAUCCAGACCUGCCCGCAGAUCGAGAGGUAUCGGUUCCGCCUGGGGUCGCUGCUGUCGAGGGUCUACAACCUCAGGGAAUUGGUCGUCUGGGUGACGGAGGACUCGCUCGUGGACCAAUUGGCGGGGACGGCUGCGACCAGGCUGGAGAAAUUGGGGAUUCGGGGGGUCAACCUCACCAGCAUCUCCCCCCAGGCGUUCAAGGACGUGACCCAGUCCCGCGUCCUGAGCCUGAGCAUCAGCGGCACCGGGUUGUCCCGCCUCCCCGCCGGUCUCCUGCGCCACCUGCCGGACGCCACCUUCCUCACCCUCCACCUGAACGACAACGCCCUCCGGUCCAUCCAGUCGGAGGUGCUCUACGGGGAGGAAGAGGAUUGGACGGUGCGAGGGUCAAGGGUUGCUCCAGGUGGAGUGUGGCUGGAGGGGAAUCCCUUGGAGUGCGACUGUCACUUGCUCUGGUACUCUCGGUGGCUGCGGCGGUGGGGCAGGGAGUCGAUGCAGGCGAGGGGGAAGGCCUCGACGGCGGUGAUGGGGCAG